AUGGCAUCAAUAGCCUCGAUGGCAUCCUCAUCAUCAAAACGUCCAUGGGCAUUGGAAGCCCGUUCUAAUACCUUCUUCAUUCUCUCCACGGUAGCCGUUGGCAUGUUUACCGAUUUGUUUUUAUAUGGACUCAUCGUGCCCAUCUUACCCUUCAUCCUUUCUGAUCGAAUAGGAGUUGAACAAUCGGAAAUUCAAUAUUACACUUCUGUCCUCCUUGCCUGUUAUGCAGGAGCAUCCGUAUUAUUUUCAUUUCCGGCUGGUUAUAUCGCCGAUCGUUUAUCUUCUCGUCAACUUCCAUUCCUAGUAGGCUUAGUAGCUCUAUUAGCGAGUACGGUGCUCCUAAUGCUAGGAACGAGUAUAGAGGUCUUGAUAAUCGCGAGAAUCUUCCAGGGUAUCUCAGGAGCAACAGUUUGGACAAUCGGAUUGGCGCUCGUGAUGGAUACGGUUGGAAGUGAGAAAUUGGGAGUUACAAUUGGAACCAUUUUCAGUUUCAUUAGUACGGGGGAACUAGUGGCGCCGGUGUUGGGAGGAGUGGUCUACGACAAGGUGGGAAGUAAUGCAGUUUUUGGUAUGGGAAUUGCGCUCCUAGGGGUGGAUUUUGGGAUGAGAGUGGCAGUUAUUGAGAAGAAGGUUGCGAGGAAGUGGGGUGUUGGGGAGGGACUGGACGGAAAUGAACAGGGAGGGACGAGUGAGAGUGGAAAUGGAAAUGGAGAAGAGGCGCCAUUGCUUGGCAACGGAAAAGAUUCAGAUCUUGCCUCUUGGAAAAUCCGAAAUGAACUCCCAAACUUCGUCAAAAAGUUCCCAGUCCUUUAUCUUCUCUCUUCUCCCCGGCUCCUUACAGCAGAACUAGUAGCUUUCAUGCAAGCUACCAUUCUUGCAGUUUUCGACGCCACUAUUCCCACACAAUCACAAUCGCUCUUUGGAUUCACAGCUUUACAAACUGGACUACUUUUUACCCCCAUUGUUCUCACCUCUCUCAUCUUCGGUCCGUUAGCUGGAAUUGGAGUUGACAGAUACGGGCCUAAAAUCAUUGGAACAAUUGGAUAUACAUUUUUUAUCCUACCUCUGAUCCUCCUUCGUCUUCCAGUUUCAAAUACCACGCAUGAUUUAGUCCUUUACUGUGCCCUCUUAUCACUAUGUGGAUUUGGGAUGGCGUUGAUUGGAGCACCGAGUAUUGUGGAAGCAUCUUACGUUGCGGAGAAAUAUCACAAUGCCAAUCCAGAGUUGUUUGGGGAGGAAGGACCAUACGCACAAUUGUAUGCGCUGAAUAGUAUGGUUUUCAGUGCGGGAUUUACUGUUGGACCCGUGAUGGCGGGGAGUCUGAGAGAGGGAAUUGGGUACGGGAACAUGAAUGCAGUGGUGGCCGGCAUGUGUGCUGUGGUUGCUGUAUUAUGUUUUGGAUAUCUGGGAGGUGUACCUAGAUGUAGGGGCAGAAAAUAG